AUGUCGUGGUCAAAAAACACGAUUGCGUACAGCCAUCGGACAUCCGAUAAUUUCGAAUUUCCACCAACACCGCCCACACCAUCGUCUCUUCAUAUAGAAGGACAGAACGCGAGAGCAACAGGUUGUGAGACCCAAUGGUAUCACAGGUGGUCUUGGAGCAACCCGUCGAAUCCUUGCGGUGGAUUCGAUAUUGCAACCGACGAAACCACUUGUUUGAUCUCGCCGCCUUACGUCGUCAAUUUUCUUCAAAGCACCGACAGCAAUCAAAAUUAUCGCACGUGCAGAUGGGAGCAAUAUUCUCAGCAAGACACAACAGAUUGUCAUCUGAUAAUCGAACAGUUAAAUGGAAAGGAAGACGAGAAGCUUUUGAGCAAAUCUGAAAAUUUGUUAUACGAGAAUAAUCAAGAUCGAAAUGUCACGACUACGACAAACACGGGAACAAUGUUUCGUACUUGGGAAAUGCCUCAUUUGCAAAAUAUAGACCACGAGUAUGAGAACAAGUUCCAAUCUUGGCAGAAUUCGCAACGUAAUGAGGAUCAUGCGAAUUCGUUAUUUGGAGGAAAUACACGCUCGCACCAACGAGAACGAGAAACAACAAAGAGAACAAGCGAUAAACCGCGGAAAGAGAGAACCGCGUUUACAAAGCAACAGGUCCGACAUCUUGAAUGCGAGUUCGCACAUAGUAAUUAUUUGACACGUUUGCGCCGCUAUGAAAUUGCUGUAGCAUUGGAUUUAACGGAACGCCAGGUGAAAGUGUGGUUUCAGAAUAGACGUAUGAAAUGGAAACGAACAAAAGGAAGCACAGUGAACGUACAGGAAGCAACUACUGUAUCGUGACAUAUUUCUUAAGUUCGUUAUUCA